AUGAUGUAAUCUUAUUAAGUAAAUGUAAAUAAUUAAGUUUAAACUCCGGUUAUUGAUACUGCCAAUUGAAAUAUGUAUUCAGGUCAACCACUUGGCUUCUUAUCUGAAGCAAGCCUUAGGAUCGAUAAUGCUAAUUUUUGGAGUUCCUACCCGCAUUUAUUUUGCCUCCAAAUGUGGGUAAUUCUUCCUUUAUAAAAACCUUCCACUACGGUGUAGUCAUCAGAUCAGGUGUGAGUGGCAUCAGAAUGAGAUCCUUAACUCUUCUAGCUGCUUCUCUCCUGGUGGCUGUUGUGACCAUCAGCCAGGCGGAUGACAGUCCUGGAUUCUUCCUGAAAAUCACCAAGAACGUGCCCCGCCUGGGCAAGCGAGGCGAGAGCUUUGCCAUGAAGAACCUAAAGACCAUUCCUCGCAUAGGACGUAGCGAUCAGAGCUCUGUGACUCCUCUUAUGGCCUGGCUAUGGAAUCUGGAUGUGUCUCCCAGUAAGCGGCGCCUGCACUCUGGGGAUACGGUUGGAAAGGAGCAGGAGCUGAAUGUUGUCCAGCCCGUGAACUCGAAUACUCUAAUGGAGUUGCUCGACAACAAUGCUAUUCCCAGCGAACAGGUGAAGUUCGUUCACUGGAAGGACUUUGAUCGUGCCCUGCAGGCAGACUCUGAUCUCUAUGGCAAGGUCAUCCAGCUGGGACGCCGGCCUGAUCAUAAUUUGAAGCAGACCCUCAACCUUGGCAGCUACGUGCCGAUCUUUGGUGGAGACGAUGACCAGAAUCCGGCUUUUAUGAUGUACAACAACAACGAGGAUCGGGAUUUAUAUGGCGGCGGGAGUCGCUACGACCGCAACUUCCUGAAAUACAAUCACCUGUAAGCAGUAUAACCAUUAAUUUUUGAAAAACAUAACCCAUUUAUA